AAAAUAAAUAAACACAUUACACAUUACAUUAUGCCUUUGGUCUCUGUUUACAUUACAUUAUUUUCUAAAUUUAAUUGACACAUUACGUUAAUUAUUUUUUAAAUUCACACAUUACAUUACAUUAUUUUCCAUUACAUUACAUUACACUCACUGAGUGUAAUUUUCCAUUACAUUAUUUUCCAUUACAUUUUAUUAAUUAAUUUCCAUUAAUUAAAACAUUGUCUGUGUGCUAAUGUGUAAUUUUCCAUUACAUUACACUGAAAUUAUUUUCCAUUUAUUAAAUUUGUUGUGUAGAAAAUGACAUCAUCGAAAAGUAAUAGAAAAGAUCCGGCAUGGCAAUAUGCCCAUUUGGUAGAGGAGAAUAAUUUAAACAAGUUCGAGUGUAAUUUUUGUGGUAAAGUAUCAAAUGGAGGUAUUUAUCGGGUGAAACAACACCUUGCGGGAGGUUAUAGGAAUGUCACUGCUUACCCGAAGUGUCCUUCUCAUGUAAGAGAAGAGAUUAGAGAGUUCAUGUCAAAAAAAAAGACACAAAAAGAAGAAAUGAACAUGUUGCCUGAUUUUGAUGACAUGGACAUGGAAGAUGAAGAUGAAGAUGUCGUUGAGAUCAAUGUCAAUCAACACCGCAAGUUGACAAAUAGUAGCCAAGGUUCAUCCAAAUCCAAAUCCAAAUCAAAAUCAAAAAUGCCAAAGAGAAAAGGGCCUAUAGAUGUUUACUUCACACCCAAUCUUGAAUCAGUGGUGAAAAAUCGAAGAGACCAAGCAAAAGGGAAACAAAUCAAAAUUGAUGCAAAUGACCAUUACAAAAAAGAAAUGAGAGCUCGGGCACUACAAAGAUUUGCAAGGUGGAUGUAUGAUGCUGGUAUCCCUUUUAAUGCAGUAAAUUAUGAGAGUUUUGGACCAAUGAUUGAAGCCAUUGGCCAAUAUGGUCCUGGUAUGAAGCCACCGACUUACCAUGAAGUGCGGGUUACCCAACUCAAAAAAGAAGUGAAACAUAAUGAAGAUUUGAUAAAGUAUCAUAAGGAGGAUUGUGCAAAACACGGGUGUUCCAUAAUGGCUGAUGGUUGGACUGAUAAGAGAAGAAGGACAUCGAUUAACUUUUUAGUUAAUUGUCCAAGAGUAACCAUGUUUGUUGAGUCGGUUGAUGCUUCUAGCUAUUCAAAGGAUGGGCAAAAGCUAUUUGAAUUACUAGACAAGUUUGUGGAGAAAGUUAGAAAAGAAAAUGUGGUGCAAGUUAUCACUGAUAGUGCUGCAGCUAAUGUGUUGGCGGGGAGGUUUUUGGAAGCUAAGUAUGAACACUUGUAUUGGACACCAUGUGCUGCUCAUUGUUUGGACUUGAUGUUAGAAGACAUUUUCAAGAUACCUAGACUGAAAAAGACAUUUGAAAGGGGUAUUGCAGUACAUGGCUACAUUUACAAUCGGCCUACGUUGCUAAACAUGAUGAGGCGCUAUACAAAUUUGAAGAAUUUGAUCAAGCCUGCAAAAACUAGAUUUGCAACCGCCUUUUUGACUUUGUCCAGAAUGCAUCAACAAAAAAACAAUUUGAGAAAGAUGGUGACCUCCGAAGACUGGACCUCAAGCAAAUGGGCAAAGGAGUCACAAGGUAAAAGAAUGGCACAAACUUUGUUGAUGCCUUCAUUUUGGAAUACUGUUGUGUUUGCCCUUAAGGUCUCGGGUCCUCUUGUCAAAGUGCUUAGAUUGGUUGAUAUCGAGAAGAAACCUCCCAUGGGAUACAUUUACGAGGCAAUGGAUAGGGCAAAAGAAUGCAUUGCAAGUUCAUUUGAUCAUAAAGAAGAGAAGUAUAAUGAAAUCUUCGAAAUCAUCGAUAAAAGAUGGGAUGUCCAAUUGCAUCGGCCUUUACAUGCAGCUGCGCAUUUUCUUAACCCAAAAUUCUUUUACCCAAAAGCAUUAGAGGUUCAAAGAGAUCAUGAAGUGAUGAAUGGGUUUUAUGAAUGCAUGCAAAGGUUGGUCCCGAAUGUCAAUGUUCAAGAUUUGAUCACUAAUGAGAUGAGUAUUUAUAUAAAGGCUGAGAGUCUUUUUGGCAAGUCUGUUGCGAUUAGGCAAAGAAAUACAAGAGCACCAGCUGAUUGGUGGGCAUCAUAUGGUUCUUAUACUCCAAACUUGCAAACUUUUGCCAUAAAAGUCCUUAGCCUAACAUGCAGUUUAUCGGGUUGUGAACGAAAUUGGAGUGUAUUCGAACAUCUUCAUAGCAAGAAAAGAAAUAGAUUGGAACAACAACGUCUCAAUGAUUUAGUGUAUGUCAAAUACAAUAGAACAUUGAGCUUUAGGUAUGACAUGCGCAACACUCUUGAUCCCAUAUCUUUGCAAAAUAUUGAUGAAAGGAAUGAGUGGUUGCUUAGGAGGAUGGAUGGAGAAUUAGAUAAAGAUAAUGAGCCUGUAUUUGAUGAUGAUGAUGACUUGACGUGGGCCACUGUUGCUAGAGCUUCUGGAAUAGAAGAAAGUAGCCAUGCAAGUAGAGCAACAAGUUCACACUCAAAGGCACAACCGAGGAUAGCUAAAUCAUCAACAUUAACUCUACUUCAAUUAAUAGAUGAAGAGGAAGCGGGCUCAGAUGACACAGAGGAGGAAGAUGUUGAGGGAUAUAAAUCAACUGAUGGAGAAGAAGAUGAUAGUUUGUUUGCCAUUGAUGUUGAGGAUGAUGAUUGACUGACCGACCUAACCUACCCUUUCUUUUGAUGUUGAUAUUUUUAAGUGUUAAGACAUAUAUUAGUAUUUGUUGGAUAUUAAUGUUUCGGAUGUUUAGUGUUUAUGUUUAUAUUUUUGGAUGUUUGAAAUGUUAUGUAAUAUGCACUUUCAUGGCUUUGAGAAUUAUUCUAUAUUUUGUCUUGAAUCUUGAUUACUUUUUAUUUUUUUAAAAAUUGU